UCAGUGUCAUUUCUCUUAGCGCGAGACAAGGAGAACAGUGGGGAGGUGAGAAAAACGCACGAGCUGUUCACCUGCUAAAACACCACGCGGAAAAAAAAAAGUUCAAAAUAGGAAAUAUGAAAACUGUCAUCUGACACCAUCGUAAUCCAGUAAGAGCACAAUGCUGACUCUUCCAUUUGAGGAUCCUGUCAUAAUGGACACUCAAUUCGGGGCAAACUUUCCAAGGGACUGCGUGGGUGAAAUGAAGGUCAACAAACAAGAGCCAUUUAAAAAGGAGGAGACGCUCUCCCACACGAUGGAGGACGAGGAUUCGGAGAAGGAUGAGGACGAACGGGAGGACGGGCAGGACGAGAACGGGCUGCCUCGGAGGAGAGGGCCUCGGAAAAAGAAAAUGACCAAAGCCAGGGUGGACCGGGUCAAGAUGAGGCGCAUGGAGGCCAACGCCAGGGAGAGGAACCGAAUGCACGGUCUGAACAAUGCCCUGGACAGCCUGCGCAAGGUGGUGCCCUGCUACUCCAAAACUCAGAAACUGUCCAAAAUCGAAACCCUGCGGCUGGCCAAGAACUACAUCUGGGCGCUCUCCGAGAUCCUGAGCACCGGGAAGAGGCCCGACCUCCUGACCUUCGUCCAGACCCUGUGCAAAGGGCUCUCGCAGCCCACCACCAACUUGGUGGCCGGGUGCCUGCAGCUGAACGCCAGGAACUUCAUCACGGAUCAGAUCAACGGCGAGGCGUCUUUCUCCGGCAGGUCGCCGUACGAAUCCGUGUACACGACCUACCACAGUCCGGGUGUGGUGACGCCCUCGGGACCCUCGGUAGAAGCGGUCAAACCCUUCAGGCCGUUCAACUACUGCAGCUCCUACGAGUCUUUCUACGAAAGCGUCUCGCCGGAAUGCGGAAGCCCUCAGUUCGACGGUCCCUUAAGCCCGCCUAUUAACUUUAACGGGAUCUUUUCCCUCAAGCACGAAGAGCCGGUCGAAUACGGCAAGAGCUGCCACUACGGAACGCGCUACUGCGCCGUGCCGCCGCGCUCCUCCAUCAGCCAGACCGCGAGAGGCUCCUCGGAUCUCCACUUCCCUUAUGACAUUCACCUGCGCGGCCAGUUUUACCCCGUGCAAGAAGAAGUAAACACUUUUCAUAAUUAACGAGAGAAAGUCAAACGUGAGUGAAAAGGACUGAAAAUGCAGGACUUUCGAUCGCACAUGUAUUAUUUAAAAGUCCAUCUCUGAUUUGGGUUUUAAGCCAUCGGAUGUUUUAUUAGUAAUUCUUUUUAAUUAAAUGGAAAACGUGCUUACAGUGUUCCUAAUUAUCAUUUUAAACCGUUCGACAAAAUACGUGGUCUGAUGGAAAAAACAGACCAAACAAUAACAAAGUGUAUUACAGAGUUUCUCGUUUAUUUUUGGUUUAUUUUAACGGCCUGAGUAUUUAUAGAUCUAAAAUCUGCCAGUAAGGACUCUUGCUCCAAAAGGUAUCUUUUAAUUAUAAAAUCGUUCAGAUAUUUGCGAUGAAAAUUCAGUAAAAUGGGAGAGCAAUAACUGCUGAGGGUGCUAUGCAAUACACAAGUCUAUAAAUCUCGAUCUGGCCAUUUAUUUAUCCACUUAAUUUGUCUAAACAAUGUUCGCACAAAGUUGAAAAUAGUAUCGUUAAAAAAAAAUAGUUGCUCCUCAUUUAGUAAUACAUAAAUGGGUUUAUUCGUUUAUGAGAAGUAACUGUAUUUGUUUCCUUUAAAUCAAAAUGUAAUCUUUGUUUACAAAAGUUUCGUGAUGUAUUACGCAGGGCACUAUAUUUAAAUGUUGGUAAAAAAAAAUGAUUCAACAAUUGCUUAUUAUUAUUAUUAUUAGGCUAUUUGCAAUAAUAGUAGUAAUAUGUUAAAGACCACCACGAAGAGACGAUUAUUGAAUCAGUUUGUUCUCCUAUAGAAGAUGAUAUAUUUAAAAUAUAUAUAGGCUAUGGAUGUAACUCUGAAAAAAAAAUGAAAUAAUAACGGUAUAUUAUUCAUUUGUUUAAUUGAUUUCGAUAUGUGUAAUUUAACUUGUGGACAAUCGACUUUUAAGCACCCUCUUAAUUUCCAACUAUAUCAAAUAUCUCACAUUUGUCCAUGCGCGUCGUUUUCAAAAGUACGAUAAAGGAAUAUCACAACACGAUGAUGUAAUUAUGCAACAGAUUGUUUUGACAAUUCUGUAUUUUCUCAGAUGUGAAGUCGUCGAUAUCUUGGUGACACUGCGUACAAUCUCGGAACAACCACUGUAAGCAAAUGCAUCAGAAGCAUGUAAAAUCUCUAAUGGAAAGGUCUGUGUGCUGUCUAGUGAACUCAUGUCACGGGAAAACCUGCCUUAAUAUAUUUGUCACGCAUCAUUUAUGCAAUGUCAUGGACGUCUGGUGGAGUCGUGCAUUGAUUUUUAUCACCAAACGGGAUUUUUGUGCGUGUGUGUGUGUGUGUGUGUGUGUGUGUGUGUGCGCAAAAAUGACUGAAUGCACUGAAACUGGUCUUUGUACACUGUCGAGCUGUUUUGUACAGUAAAAUAAAGUUUAAUUGAAUACAA